GGGGGUUGUGGAUGUGAUGUUUAUUCCAUCUGCUGGAUGAACACAACCUAGUCGCACCCGUUCAUCUCCCACGGCGGUCCACCACUCAGAGGGCAGGAAAGGGAGGAUUAAACUCUGAGUGUGAUGGAAGACACACCUUCAGGGUUCCCCCGGAGAACAGAACAGUUAGGGAACGCUGUAGAAAGGAAUGGGCCUCGAUGGAACAUCAGAGGAAGGUUCUGCCUCAGGGGUCUGGUCCGUCAUGGAGACCCAGUGGUUCUGUGUCCCAGCGCCUCCUAGUGGCUGCCCUUAUGUACCACUCCUGAUGUGUGCGUGUGUCCCUGCGUGUGUGUGUGUGCGUGCGUGUGUCCGUGCGUGGGUGUGUGUGUGUGUGUGUCCGUGCGUGUGUGUGUGCAUGUGUGUGCAUGUGUCCGUGCGUUUGCGUGCGUGUGCGUGUGUGUGCAGGCUGACGUGUGCGUCCUGAAGGUAGAUGGAGGGCUAUGCUGCUCCAACAACAGGCGCUGCUGAGACAGAAGCUCCUGGUCCUGGGGAGUCUGGCCGUGGGUAGCCUGCUGUACCUGGUGGUCCGCGUGGGCUCUCUGGACAGACUGCAGCCCACCUGCCCCCUGGACGGCAGUCUGCGGCCCCCCGACGCGGGGCAGAUCCUGCUGCGCUCGCUGCAGUUCAAGCGCGUCCUGCUGCUGCAUGAGCUGCGCAAGGGCAACGGCACGCCGGAGAUGGUGCACCUCCGAGAUCCGGAGAAGGUGCACCUCCAAGAUCCGGAGAAGGUGCCACUCAGCGAUCCAGAGCAGGUGCACCUCCAAGAUCCGGAUCAGGUGCACCUCCAAGAUCCGGAGCAGUUCCACCUCCAAGAUCCGGAGCAGGUGCACCUCAGAGAUCCAGAGAAGGUGCACCUCCACUCGCCAGUGCAGCAGCUCCCUCGCGCCCUCAUCGUGGGCGUCCGCAAGGGAGGCACGCGCGCUCUGCUGGAGAUGCUCAACCUGCACCCUGCGGUGGUCAAGGCCUCCCAGGAGAUCCACUUCUUCGACAACGACCAGAACUACGCGCGGGGCAUCGACUGGUACCGCGGCAAAAUGCCCUUUUCUUUCCCCCACCAGAUCACCAUCGAGAAGAGCCCUGCAUACUUCAUCACAGAGGAGGUUCCCGAGCGUAUCUUCAAGAUGAACUCCUCCAUCAAGCUGCUGGUGAUCGUGCGUGAGCCCACGACCCGGGCCGUGUCCGACUACACGCAGGUCCUGGAGGGCAAGGAGCGCAAGAACAAGACCUACCACACGUUCGAGGAGCUGGCGGUGGACGAGGCCACCUGCGAGGUGAACACCAAGUACAAGGCGGUGCGCACCAGCAUCUACACCCACCACCUGGAGCGCUGGCUGCACUUCUUCCCCGCGGAGCAGCUCCACGUGGUGGACGGCGACCGGCUGAUCAGCGACCCGCUGCCCGAGCUGCAGCUGGUGGAGCGCUUCCUCCACCUGCCGGCGGCCAUCGGCCGUUCCAACCUGUACUUCAACGCCACGCGCGGCUUCUACUGCCUGCGCUUCAGCCCGCUGUUCAACAAGUGCCUGGCGGGCAGCAAGGGCCGCACGCACGCGGCCGUGGACGCCUCCGUGGUGGAGAAGCUGCGGCGGUUCUUCCACCCGUUCAACCAGAAGUUCUACCAGAUCACCGGGCGGACCUUCGACUGGCCCUGACCUCUGGAGGGGGAACACUGCUGGCCAACGCCAGGGACGGACAUUCGGAGGAUCGAGCGCUUUGACCGGGUUCGUCGUUGCAGCCGUGACCAAAUAUUAAAAGAGGAUCACUUUUGGGGGACUUCGGGUUUUUUUUUGUUUACGUUGGGUGAAGGUGGCAAGAAGUUUGACACAAAGCUUCUAUUGAACCGUGGAUAAAGUUGUGGUCCCCGUCUUCGUCCACUGUUGGGAAAACUGAAUGGGUCUGAAAUGCGAAAGAGAUUCUGAUCUUUGACUGCUUUCUCAAAGAUAAGCAUUCGCUGACAUUCAUGCUAUGAUGCUUAACAGCUUUUAAAAAAGUCGUAAUUCCCAAUGAAAAGUCACAAUGAAUCGGUAAGUGGAAAAUGUAAACCUUACUUUAUAUCGUUUUCUUGUUUUAACGAUUCAUUGGUGCAUGCACCAGCGUUUCCAUGGCUAUGGUGAGCUGAGGGCGUCCUAUCUGUCGUUUCUGCAACUAUCUGUUGUACCCCACUUGCAAUUGAUUUCCAUGGAUGGCUGCUGUUAUUUUCUGCGUUGCCCAUCGGCCACAAGUUAAGCGACAAAAGAGUCAAACUUUAGACAUCAAAAUCAUGUCCGGGAGUUUUUUUGAGGCUUGGAAGACUUGUUUCGUUACUUUGUCGCUUUUUGAUGUACUUAGCUUUGGUACUCUGAUGUUUGGCCUUUCAGUCAUUUGGCGAAGAUAAAGCGGCACUACUAAACCUCCUCAUCGGGUCAGGGUGGAAUUAUGUCAGUUUAUUUGAAAAUAUUCACUCUGUAUCAUAAGUGUGUUGUUAAAAAAAUGGUUUAAUAAAAGAACAUUUAAAUCUG